UUCUCGCAGCGCGCGCCGGCUUCACGCGCUGACAGCUCUUCUCGGCUCUCUCCGGCCUGCGAAGUUCUCCCCACAGACGAGGCUGGCCCUUUUCGCCUUCUCUUGGCUCCGAGAGCGCGUGCGCAGCGGAGAGGCCCCCUCCGACGGGAAGAUAUUAAAACAAAUGAAGUACAUACUGGUAACAGGCGGAGUUAUCUCUGGGAUUGGGAAAGGGAUCAUUGCCAGCAGCGUUGGGACAAUUCUCAAAUCAUGUGGAUUACAUGUCACUUCAAUUAAAAUUGAUCCAUACAUUAACAUUGAUGCAGGCACCUUCUCUCCUUAUGAGCAUGGUGAGGUGUUCGUGUUGGAUGAUGGAGGGGAAGUAGAUUUGGAUCUGGGUAACUAUGAACGCUUUCUUGAUAUCCGACUGACAAAAGACAAUAAUCUGACGACAGGGAAGAUCUAUCAGUAUGUCAUCAACAAAGAAAGGAAAGGAGACUACCUAGGGAAAACUGUUCAAGUUGUGCCCCACAUUACAGAUGCUAUCCAGGAGUGGGUAAUGAGGCAAGCACUAAUCCCUGUUGAUGAUGAUGGCAUAGAACCUCAAGUCUGUGUGAUUGAGCUUGGAGGAACAGUAGGAGAUAUUGAAAGCAUGCCCUUCAUUGAGGCAUUCCGCCAAUUUCAAUUCAAGGUCAAACGAGAAAACUUUUGUAAUAUUCAUGUUAGUCUGGUACCCCAGCCAAGUUCUACAGGAGAACAGAAGACAAAACCUACCCAGAACAGUGUUCGUGAACUCCGUGGUCUUGGUCUCUCACCAGACCUGAUUGUGUGCAGAUGCUCCACACCUCUAGAUACUUCAGUAAAAGAGAAGAUUUCCAUGUUUUGUCAUGUAGAACCAGAACAGGUCAUUUGUGUUCAUGAUGUCUCUUCCAUCUAUCGGGUACCUCUGUUGCUAGAGGAACAAGGGGUGGUUGAUUACUUUCGACACAGGCUUAAUCUUCCCAUUGAAAAGCAGCCUAGGAGGAUGCUCAUGAAGUGGAAGGAGAUGGCUGACAGAUAUGAUCGUUUGUUGGAGACCUGCUCUAUCGCUCUUGUUGGGAAAUACACAAAGUUUUCAGAUUCCUAUGCCUCUGUCAUUAAAGCUUUGGAACAUUCUGCCCUGGCAAUCAAUCACAAGCUUGAGAUAAAAUACAUUGAUUCUGCUGACUUGGAACCAUCUACUCUACAAGAAGAGCCUGUUCGAUACCAUGAAGCCUGGCAGAAACUCUGCAGUGCUGAUGGAGUCCUGGUUCCAGGAGGAUUUGGCAUUCGAGGGACAGAAGGGAAAAUACAAGCUAUUUCUUGGGCAAGAAAACAGAAAAAACCCUUCUUAGGAGUCUGCUUGGGAAUGCAGUUAGCAGUUGUUGAGUUUGCCCGUAACAUCCUUGGUUGGCAAGAUGCUAACUCUACAGAAUUUGACCCCAAGACUACACAUCCAGUGGUAAUAGACAUGCCGGAACAUAAUCCUGGUCAAAUGGGUGGGACCAUGAGACUUGGCAAGAGGAGAACAGUCUUCCAAACCAAGAACUCAGUCAUGAGAAAACUUUAUGGAGAUGGUGACUAUUUGGAAGAGAGGCACAGGCACAGAUUUGAGGUAAAUCCAGAAUUGAAAAAUGCGUUUGAAGAAAAGGGUAUGAAAUUCGUGGGCCAGGAUGUUGAAGGAGAACGAAUGGAGGUGGUUGAGCUGGAAGAGCAUCCAUUUUUUGUUGGUGUUCAGUAUCAUCCAGAGUUCCUGUCCAGACCUAUAAAGCCGUCUCCCCCUUAUUUUGGCCUCCUUCUGGCUUCUGCAGGGAGGCUCACACAUUAUCUACAGAAAGGUUGCAGACUCUCCCCCAGGGAUACAUACAGUGACAGGAGUGGAAGUAGUUCACCGGACUCUGAGAUCACAGAACUGAAAUUUACUGCAGUGAAUCAUGAGUAAUAGCUGGUAUUCCUCAUGAUCAGAAGAUCCUGCAUUGGACACAAUAGUUGGACUGCUGGAGUCUCUUUAAUCAUGUUAUCAUAGUUGUAUUUUGAGGAAUUUUGUCACUUUCAUUUUAUUUUGUUCUUUUAAACUUACUUUCUUAAUGUUUUGCUUUGAGAAGCUGACACUGGUGCCUGCUACCCAUGUGCAGUUGUGAGUUUACAAACAAGAACUUCAGAAGCUGAGCAAGGACUAGGACAGAUUCUGGAUUUCUUAUGAGGCUUGAUGCACCAUUGUAAAUGAUUAUGAGUGUUGCCAAGGAGAAUAUCAGGUUUUCUGUUGUUCCAUUGUGGGAGGUUUAAAUUAUGUUAUUCAUCCUCUUAAUGAAUUGUAGGAUAGGACACUGCACAGGGCAGGAUUAUUUAAUCCUUACAAAUAUUUUAAAAUAAAUGAUGAAUUUGGUGCACAAAGCUGAAUUUUUGUUCCAGGAGCACCAUUUUCCUGCUCAUAAAACUUUACGAUAUAUGAUCCUAAUCAAGUCUGGUCAUACCAAAAUGAUGUAAUUAAAAUAUGAAGAUUGGAUCUAGAUUUAGUCGUACCUAGAGUAGACCCAUUGAAAUCCAUGGGACUUGAGAUAGUUGUGACUGAAUUAAGUCCCAUUAAUUUCAGUAGGUCUGUUCUAGGUACAACCAAACUUGGAUCUAAGCCAUGUACAUAAAUUUCCCCGUUUCAGAAGCUCAAGGGAGGGGUGUGGUUUUCUGUACUCCUGCUUCCUGGACUGAUAAAACUCCUUGCAUCAAGGGGGUUAUGUGUACAAGAAAGUGACUUUUCAGAAGCUGCCUUUUGAAACUCUCAUAGAGAGAUUUGCCUUGGACAAUAGAAGGUCUGAGGUUCUUAUUUUUAUAAGGGAGACCCACCUAAUGUGGUCGCCACACUCCCCUUCCCACUUUCUGUUGGUAACAUGUAGGCAUAUGCGAUGUCAUGAGCCGAUUUCUACAAUUGGCAGGGGUGUGUGUGCGUGUUCAGCAAUAUAUUUACUCCAGCCUGUAGAGGAGGGAAAUGAUGGCAUGGAAAUGAUGGAAGUCUUCUGCAAAGGUGGGAGAUUUAUAAAACAAAUAUUUGUAAUAUCCCCUUUUGCCAGUGCAGGCUGUUAGCUAUGUUUCCAGCAAGUUGAAAGAAACCAUGCGUUGCUAUAAAAUAUAUCAUACAUGCAGACACUUAAGUUAAUUAAAACUUGGG